AUGGCCCUACGAGCGCUUCCGUCCACCGUUUCAUCACAGAUUCUUCCGCGCAUCUUCCUGCCGUCGCAAGCCGUGUCGCAGGUUUCCUCUAGCGUCUCUUACAGUAUCGUACCCAUUUCGAUAUCUUUGGGAAUAACUGGAGGCUGGCUAUCUGAUCUCUGGGAUUCUGUGCUUCGCGCCGUACCGAAGAAAAAGACUUCUCAUAUGAAGAAGCGUCAUAGGCAAAUGGCUGGCAAGGCCCUCAAAGAUGUUAAAAGUCUCAGUACAUGUUCCGGCUGCGGUAGGACCAAGAGAGCGCAUGUUCUGUGCCCGCACUGUGUUGGAGAGAUAAAAAAUCAAUGGCGAGAAACCAAAACCGCAUGA